CAACAAUUUUUUGAUUGUCUGUAAGAAAAGUAAGUUCUAUUUGCUAGUAGUGAUUCUGCAUUUAAAUAGACAAACUUAAAUAUAUCAUUAAUACAGAUUAUUAACAUGAAUGUGAGAGAAAUGAUUCUUCAUUUUGUGCAUUGGUCCCAAUGACUGGAAUACGCUGUGGGUAUCAUUUAUAUUUAAUAAUGUUUCUGGCUAAAAUAAAUUAAUUUUGUGCCCAGUGAAAAUAACUUGCAUCAAUGAGAUAAUUCUGAUGUAAGAGAGACUGACAGAUGUCGGUUUGUUUCUAGUUUACUGAAAACUGAGUGAAACAAUGAGUACAACGGAGAUGCCGACUGACCACAGCGAUUACGAUUACAACUACGAUACCAAUGCUCCCUGUGCCAUGGGAUCUGCAAGGAACUCCGGUGAACUCCUCUUGCCAGUGCUCUACUCACUGGUGUUUUUGUUCGGGCUCCCAGGAAACGCUCUAGUGUUAUGGAUUUUCGGAAGAUACCGACGGCCAAGGACCAUGACAGACAUUUGCCUUCUCAAUUUGGCAAUAUCGGAUUUACUUUUUGUAAUAUCCCUUCCUUUCUGGGCAUAUUUUGUUGUAAAUCAAUGGAUUUUUGGAGAUGCCUUCUGUAAGAUUAUUAAUGCCUUUUAUAUGCUGGGCUAUUACGGCAGCAUAAUGUUCAUAUCCCUGAUAAGUGUGGACCGUUACUUGGCAAUUGUUCAUGCUGUGUUUUCCAUCAGGAGAAGGAAUAUUGUACAUGGUCUUAUUUCAAGCUUAGUCAUGUGGUGUUUUGCUCUUCUAGCAUCACUUCCCUCUCUGAUAUUUACCCACGUUAUCUCCAUGGAAGGAAGAUAUGUUUGCCAUUUCUUUGCUCCAAAUGAUAAAUGGAGACUUUUUACCAUUUUCAGAGACAAUGCUUUGGGUUUUUUAGUGCCGUUGGUUAUAAUAUUUUUCUGUUACAUAAAUAUAGUUAUAACCCUGCUUAAGAACAGAAGUAAAAAGAAGCACAGGGCUAUAAAAGUUAUAUUUAUUGUAGUGAUUUCUUUUUUUGUAUGCUGGACACCACAUAAUAUAGUGAUGUUACUAAUGUCUUUGAAAAAUCUGCAUGUUAUAAGUGGCUGUGAUAUCAACGUGAGGCUGUCUAUUGCUCAGCAGAUAACUGAAUCUUUCACAUUUGUACACUGCUGUUUGAACCCAAUCAUCUAUGCAUUUGUGGGUCAAAAUUUCAGGUCAGAUAUCCGCAGACUGUUUCAUUUACUUUCAACAUGUGGACUUAAAGCAUAUAACAAAGAUCAGUUCACUUCUCGUGAGGUUAUUUCCAGUGACAAUAAAUCGGCCUCUGUAAUGUAGUCCAGUGUUCAUAUGUUUUUUUACAAUCAAUGUACAUAUGCUCUUUUUUAAUGCUAAUUUUUUAAUUUGUACAAAACAUAAACUGUGUCUAAAUAUAAAGCCAUCUGC